CCUUCUUAAUUCUUAUGGAAUAUGGAUAGUCAAUACUCAAUAGUCAUAUUAUAAUCUUUUUAUUAUAAAUUAUAAUCACUUCAAACCUAGAUAAUUUUAUCCAGAAUUCAAUACGUACAAUAAUCGCAAUGAAAUCUGUAUUUUAAGGAUAUUAUUUUUAAAUUUUACCGUAAUGACAUGUUAUUAAUUUAACCUUUAAACUUAAACCUUUAUUGUGGUUGGAAGGAUUAUAUGGAUUUUAAAAUAUAUCAUAAUGAUUAAUUAGUCAAAUUAAGUUUGUAUAUGCAACUUUAAGGAUACAAUGUUUACUACACAACAUGUUUCUCGUGUUCGCCGUCUCUAUAAGCUGAUAUUUCGAGUACAUAGAGCUCUACCACCAGAGUUGAGAGUUCUAGGAAACAAUUACGCAAGGGAUGAAUUUAAACGCCACAAAACUUGCAGUACUGAAGAAGCAAAAAUUUUUCUUAAUGAAUGGACGGAUUAUGCUAUUAAUAUCGCUAAACAGACAAAGCCUCUUAACCAAGCUAGAAACAAAGAUAUCGGAAAAUAUCUGGAUCCAAACCUGUUAGACUAUAUGACUGAUGAGCAGCUUGUUCAGCUUUACGAAUUGCAUAAAGCAACAUCUCUAGAAACUGAUGAUGUAACUGUUACCGAAAAUGUAAAUAACGAAAAACAAACUAAACCUUAAUAAUUUUAAUGUGAUUGUAGUUAAUUAUUUAUUUUUGUGAUAUUGGAUGUUAUAAUAAAAAUACUUUAGUUUUAUAAAAUUA